UGUCUGGUUUAUCUGGGCGGCGCCCGUCAAUUGUCAUAAGGGAAAAGUCAAAUUGAUCUAAUGGCAAUUGGCAAUUGGCAGACGGGUGACGGUUAAAGAGUCAAUCGGAGAUUUGUUCCUCCACAAUCUUAACCGAGCACGUGACUGAGGUAUUUUGCGCGCAGCCUGAUGUUGAUGAGUUGGAGAACGCAGCAGUCGAUCAUCUGCAAGGCUUGAUUUUCCACCUUCUAGAAUACCAUCCACAAUAAUUGAUCCGGGGAUGUCCUUCUGCGGGCGUCCUCCUGAAUUGCACCUCCAUCAUGGGGCAAGGACAGUCCACCGACAACGCCAACGAGGUGCAGGAAGAAACCCCUGCGAAAGCGGACUAUUAUGACCUUCUUGGUGUGGAGAGGACCGCAACCGACGAAGAGAUCAAGAAGGCUUAUAGACGGAAGGCACUCGAGUUUCAUCCUGAUCGAAACUAUGGUAACGUCGAGGAUGCCACCAGACUAUUCGCCGAAGUCCAGUCCGCUUACGAAGUCCUCUCCGACCCUCAAGAAAGAGCCUGGUAUGACUCUCACAGGGACAUACUCCUACGGGGAGACCAAGCGACCGGCCCCAGCGCGGACGAAUUUUCGUACAAUAUCCGUAUGACGACCGCCGAGGAGGUAUUGAAGUUGAUGAUAAACUUCAAUGGUCGGAUGGAAUACAGUAAUGCUCCUAGCGGAUUCUAUGGAGGGUUGAAUGACUUCUUCAAGCAGCUCGCGAAAGAGGAAGAUAUUGCUUGCCAAUGGGAGGAUCAGGACUCCAUGGACUAUCCUGAGUUUGGCCUAGACACCGAUGAUUACGACGACGUGGUGCGGCCCUUCUAUGCCUAUUGGAAUGGGUUUGCGACACGGAAGAGUUAUGCUUGGAAGGACCAAUACCGGUUGUCAGAUGCCCCAGAUCGAAGAAUUAGGCGGUUGAUGGAGAAGGAGAACAAGAAAAUACGCGAGGAGGCCAUCCAGCAAUAUAACGAGGCCGUCCGGUCCCUGGUUGCUUUUGUCCGGAAACGUGACCCUAGAGUGCAGAACAAUCAGAAGUCCGAAGCGGAGCGACAAAAGGCCCUGCGCGACGCAACUGCUGCACAAGCAGCACGCUCGAGGGCAGCACGACAGGCGAAACUGCAAGAGGAUGCAGCAGCGGUACCAGAUUGGGCCAAGUCAAGGACAAGAGAUGAGCAUGAAGGAGCCUUUUCGAGCGAGUCAGAUAUCGAAGAGCACGAGUACGAUUGUGUGGUCUGUGACAAGACUUUCAAAAGCGAUGCUCAGUACAGGGCACACGAAAAGAGCAAGAAGCAUGUCAAAUUGCUGAAACAGUUGCAAAAGGGGAUGCGUGAUGAGGGUGCGAAGUUAGACUUGAGGGGCGCCGAGCAAGCAACACCACACCGUGAAGAUAUUGCCGAUGAGGAAGCCAGCGGAGAAAAUGUGCCAGAGCAGCAUCAACCGAUGGAAGUUGGCGACCAAGAUGAAGACGAGGCAGAAGAGCAAGAAGAUGCUCCUGCUCCCAAGGAGAGGCCGUCAGCCAACGGCACAACAGGGAAGACGGACACAUCACGGCCCGACUCUGACGAGACUGAUGACGACUACGCAUCUCGAUCUGAUGUUGAGCAACGGCUGGCCGGGGGUCCGCUGGCCGGACUAUCCUCAAAGAUAGAAGAUAUUAGUCUGGAGGGCACCCCAUUGGCAUCGGAAUCCGAUGGACCUGCGCAGCCCAAGAUGGGCAAAGCCAAACAAAAAAAGGCAAAGAAGGCGGCUCAAAAGGCGGCAGACCAGUCAGCAUUCCAGUGUGCCGUAUGCAAAGCCGAGUUUCCUUCCAAGACGCGGCUUUUCAAUCACAUCAAGGACGAGGAUCAUGCUGCCCCGGUUUCUCAGACAAAGAGCGUGAAAGGAGGCAAGGGAAAGAAGAGGUAACGCUUGUCUAGAUUUAUGCAUAGCGAUGGCGUUUGGACAUAACUAAGAUACCUAUUCGCGCGCAUCAUGAAUGAUACCAUUGAUUGCUCCAACCAUCCUAUCUCGCUUGCAUCUGAGGACUCGCGUAGGUGUUUCAUGUUGAGGGUUUGGUGUAUCAGAUGUGCCGAGGCAAGCCUCAUCCAGACCCUCAACUCCUCCAUCUUCACCGCACUUUUCGACCUAAUCGCUCCAAACUGGUAUAACCUCGACGUUGAG